UCCCGGGGCCCGGGGCUCCGCGGGCCGCCGCCGCCCCGGCGCCAACAGGAGCGGAGGCCGAGCGGCCCGAGCCGGAGGCGGCGGCGGCGGCCCGGCCCGAGGGCCCGCGGUAGCUGCAGCGGGUGAGCCCCGGAGCGCCCGGGGAGGGGGCGCCGGGCUGGGAACCCCCGGCCUCCUCCCGGGCCGCCGAGGACAAAGCCCCGGCCGCCGCCGCGGCCUACGCCGCGCCGCACAAAGGGCGAGUCGCGACACGCACCCAACCCCCUCCCAUCCCGGGGUGGCCGGCCGGUGGCGGCGGGGAGGUGGGGAAGCCCCGGCCGCGCCGCCCUCGUCCCCUCCCCCGGGGCCGCGGAGCGCGCCGCCCCGCCCCCGCCCCGUCUGCGCGUCCUCCCGGGAGGAGUUGGGGGGCGCGGCGCCCCACAUAACACUCCCCUCCUGCGCUCGGAGCCACCCCUCUCCCCUCCCUCCUGCAAACACCACCGCCUCCCCUGCCACCGCCGCCACCUCGCUCGACGCUCCGCAGCUCGCCGCGGCCAGGGGGGCGGUGCGCCGACCGUGCGCGCCGGGGGCGCCAGAUGUGCAGUCCCCGCCGCCGCCAGUGACCCAACCGCAGCCCGAGCGGGAGCGGGCCGCCUCGCCAAUGCUGCGGGGGCGACCUUGAGCGCACCCCGGCUUCCUCGGCGGGGAUCCCGACAACCCGAGCGUUGCGCCGGGUCCUGCCCUCUCCAGCCCGCCUUGCCCCGCUUCUGGACAUGGAAGGGGCCGCUGCGCCCGCGGCUGGGGACAGCCCCGACCUGGGUCCGGGGACGCCGGGCUCUCCACCGGAGGCGGUGGCCGGGGCGACUGCAGCUCCAGCGGUGGCUGCUGCCCCGGAGCCCAGGAAACCGCACGGGGUGAAGCGGCAUCAUCACAAGCACAACUUGAAGCACCGCUAUGAGCUUCAGGAGACCCUGGGCAAAGGCACCUACGGCAAAGUCAAGAGGGCCACCGAGAGGUUUUCGGGCCGAGUGGUUGCUAUAAAAUCCAUUCGUAAGGACAAAAUUAAGGAUGAACAAGACAUGGUUCACAUCAGACGAGAGAUUGAGAUCAUGUCAUCCCUCAACCAUCCUCAUAUCAUCAGUAUUUAUGAAGUGUUCGAGAACAAAGAUAAGAUUGUGAUCAUCAUGGAGCAUGCCAGCAAAGGGGAGCUGUACGAUUACAUCAGCGAGCGGAGACGCCUGAGCGAGAGGGAGACCAGACACUUCUUCCGGCAGAUCGUCUCCGCCGUCCACUAUUGUCACAAGAACGGUGUGGUCCACCGGGACUUGAAGCUGGAAAAUAUACUGCUCGAUGACAACUGCAAUAUUAAGAUUGCUGACUUUGGGCUCUCCAACCUGUACCAGAAGGACAAGUUCUUGCAAACAUUCUGUGGCAGCCCACUCUACGCGUCCCCUGAAAUCGUCAAUGGGAGGCCUUACCGAGGGCCAGAGGUGGACAGCUGGGCUCUGGGCGUGUUGCUUUAUACCCUGGUUUAUGGAACGAUGCCCUUCGAUGGUUUCGAUCACAAAAACCUCAUUCGGCAGAUCAGCAGCGGAGAGUACCGGGAGCCCACGCAGCCCUCAGAUGCUCGAGGGCUCAUUCGGUGGAUGCUGAUGGUGAACCCUGAUCGCCGGGCCACCAUCGAGGACAUUGCCAACCACUGGUGGGUGAACUGGGGCUACAAGAGCAGCGUCUGCGACUGUGACGCCCUUCGUGACUCCGAGUCCCCGCUCUUGGCGCGGAUCAUCGACUGGCACCAUCGAUCCACGGGGCUGCAGGCCGAGGCGGAAGCCAAGAUCAAGGGCCUGGCCAAACCCGGGGCCUCGGAGGCCAUGCUGGAGCGGCAGCGGUCGCUGAAGAAAUCCAAGAAGGAGAAUGACUUUGCCCAGCCUGGCCAGGACUUGGUGCCCGAAAGCCCUUCCAAGCUGAGUUCCAAGAGGCCCAAGGGCAUCCUGAAGAAGAGAAGCAACAGUGAGCACCGCUCGCAUAGCACCGGCUUCAUCGAGGGCGUCGUGGGCCCUGCCUUGCCCUCUGCCUUCAAGAUGGAGCAGGACUUGUGCCGGACUGGCGUGCCCCUCCCGAGCUCCCCCGAGGCAGACGUGCCAGGGAAACUCAGUCCCAAGCAGUCGGCCACAAUGCCCAAGAAAGGCAUCUUGAAAAAGACCCAGCAGAGAGAAUCGGGUUACUACUCGUCCCCAGAGCGCAGUGAAUCUUCAGAGCUGCUGGACAGUAACGAGGCGAUGGGCGGUGGCCUCCCCUCCCCCAGCCCCCCGGACCCAGCCAGAGUGGCUUCUCACAGCCUGUCCUGCCGGAGGAAGGGCAUCUUGAAACACAGCAGCAAAUACUCAGCAGGCGCCACGGACCCGGCCCUGGCCAGCCCCGAAGUGCCCACACUGGAAUCCUUGUCAGAGCCUGGUGUCCCCGCCGAGGGCCUCUCCCGGAGCUACAGCCGUCCCUCCAGCGUCAUCAGUGAUGACAGCGUCCUGUCCAGUGACUCCUUCGACCUGUUGGACGUGCAGGAGAACCGCCCUGCCCGCCAGCGCAUCCGCAGCUGUGUCUCCGCUGAAAACUUCCUCCAGCUCCAGGACUUCGAAGGGCUCCAGAACCGGCCGCGGCCCCAGUACCUGAAGCGGUACCGGAACCGACUGGCGGACAGCAGCUUCUCCCUCCUCACGGACAUGGACGACGUGACUCAGGUCUACAAGAAAGCGCUGGAGAUCUGCAGCAAGCUCAACUAGCCCUCCAGGGCACAGGGCACGGGCGGGGGGGUGCAGGGAGGAAGGGGAGCAGGGCUUGUGCCAACAGGCUGGUUACCUCUUUGCUGGCCAGGACAGCAGACUGAAAAAGGAUUGGCGCCGUCUGGCUUGGCCAAGUUUGCAGCCUUGAGCCAGCACCUAAAAGGGAGAGGCAGGCGCCCUGCCAGUUCUGCCAACUGCCAGUCAGAAUUUGGGUCCUAAUUGGCAUUUGCGUAUGGCACCUCCUGGAGGACCAGCUGCCCAGGGAGGGUGGUGUUGGCCAGUGCUUGGUGGGACUGGGGAGCAGAUGGGGACGGGGGCAUUUCCCUAGAAGUCAUCAAAAUGCUUUGGAGGAGGGGCAAGAGAAACCAGGACCAUCUGCUUCGGAUGAGCCCAAAGAGUUUGCUCCUUUGCUUCUUUGCGAGCUUGAUCUGACUGGAUGGGGCUGGCAAGAUUUCAGCAACCUGAGCUUGGAUGGGUGAUUGAUUGAUAACGUCUCUUGGGUGUGUUGGUUUAAGUGGCCCAGGCACAACAGAGUGCUGGGAUCGAAUAGUAAUGGCUGCCAAGGGAAGGGGAAGGGAAGGCAGUAGCACUCAUGCUGUGUAGUUAUCAUCUUUGACCUGGCUGAGCCUUGGGAAUUAGGUUAAAGCAUCCUGUCGGAUCUACAUCAACUCUUUUGUGCCACUGUAGUGGCAUUUGCUAAUUUGCUACUCUACCUUGAAUGGAAAACAGGGAUCUGGUCAGAGAAUGCUCUGAACUCUGCUAGGGCCAUAGUGUCAGCCCAUGGUGAUUGUUUGGCUCCUUGCUGUCGGCCUUGCUCUCAGCACAGCUUCCUGAGAGUGGACAGGGAGAAAGAUGACGGUGUCAGAGGCCAGAACUCUCAUGUAUUCUAGAGCACACCACCCUCUGGGGCCUUUGCACAGGUGAAUGGAAGUUGAAGUACAUUUGCAAGGGGCAACUUGUCCCUUUCCUUCAUGUCUCAAUAUUAACUGGAAUGCUGCCUAUUGCUUUGAAUUGGGUGUGUGACACUGUCCACAGUUUCUAAAGGAUUACUACCUGGCUCAGUCACUGACUCUGUUCCCUGAUGGCAAGUGGUUUCCCAUCCACCCAGUAUGGAAUCCUCAGAGGUAGAGGAGUUUGCUUCUGGGAAUUAGCAUGUAGGUGGGAUAUUUGGAUGAGGAGAGGAAAAUCAGACAAGAGGUGCUUCGUUCCCCAAAUCUAAGUAUUCUGUCAUGGUUUUGAAUUUUGACACAAGCUCCUGGGCUUUGGGGAGAGAGAAAGUUCCAUCCAUUUAAAUGAACAAGGUGUCGGAAGAGCGGAGUGAGUGAGAGGAAGCGUAGGGGAGAGGAAGGCUUCUUUAGAAGCCGUCCAGAGGGUUCUGGAGGAGGCAGAAGAGGGGUGCAGGACUCCCGUACACAUUGUGAAGCCGGGUGUAUCAUUUCUAAGCAGCCACUGACAAACAUUCCCCCAGGGGGACAUCUCGAGGACACUCUCUGAAAUGACCGGUCUCUUGGGGAUGAGUCUAGUUUCUACUGGCUUAGGAACAUCAAAAUCCUGACUUCAAGGUGGCCGACUUCAUAGUCACUUAGAGCCAGGUGGACUGAGCUUGGGAUAUGUUUGGAAAAACCAGAAUUCACUAAGAGCAUUCGCUGGGACGAUGUCGCCCUCACCUUCAGGAGGUGGUUCUGGCUUGUGGCUUCCCUCAGGUUGAGCUGAGCGUCUUGUGAGAAGCUGCUUAGUUUCCUCUCAUUCAGUUCCGCUCCUUCCUGAGCUCCAGUAGAAGUCAGAAGGGAGAAAACUCUGUAGAGGGCGAGUUGUGUUUGGGAUGUGGGGGUGCGUGGAGGGCACCCUGCAGCCUCUGAGCUCCCUCUCUCUGCCUCCCAUCUGCAGUCUUUCCUGACCAGCCUCUUCUGCCACACUGCUGGCCGCAGAUCAGAGCAGCCGGGCUCGCUGGCAGCUGCCGGGGUGACUUAGGUAUAACAUCCACCUACUUACCAGCCAGUGUGUUUGUCCCUUUGGCCAAGUGACUGCAUCUGCUUAGCAUUUUCCAUGAUUCUAAUCUUUAAGGAAAAUGACACCAUCAAGGAAAAUCAUUCCACUCCUGUCUCCCAAACACCUGCAUGUUCUUUUUGUCAGUAAACCUGCUGGAUUGUGGCAAAGAAGAGCCUCCAUUCAGAGGCAGAGACUCUGAGUCGAGUCCUGGUCUGCUGUUAGAUGGCUGGUGUCCUUGGGCACCUGUGAUUUGGGGACUGUUCCCCUCUCCAGGCGGGGCUCCGGGGCCGGGUUAGCUGGUCUCUCAGGCCCUGCCCAGUUCUGACGUUCUUCUGACAUCCUCUGGUUUCUGGAUGUGACGUCAACUCUCCUUUCAAGGAAAAUCUCUGAAAGCCCUUAAAGGCAGCCCUGCUUCCUGAUCAAGCCCUGUCACCCCUGCCAGCCGGUCCCCAUCCAAAGAAGUUGUGCUUGAUGCAUUUCCUUGCAAUUACAGGUGAGGACAAUUCGAUGACCUGGUUUGAAAGCAGGAGAUUUGAUGUCCGCUCUCCUGGUCUUUUCCUUGCCUCUGUGGGCUUUUCGGCGUCUUAGUUUACACAUCUGCCAAAGGGGUAGAGUUAUACUUCUUUUUACAGGUAAAUUUCAAGGCAAGAUCAGUUUUCAGGAAGUGCUUCAAGACCCCAGGCGAAAUGGAAAUACUAAGUACUCUCUGAAUUUCCAUCCCUGUUACCAGGUGCUUCUUCCGGGAGCACGUUUCAGGGUGACGUUCAGGAGUUUUGCCCAGGCCUGCUGUCUUGAAUACAAAUGUGAAUGAUUGACUGACUGCUUAUUGCCAAACUGGAAAUGUUCUGUAGGGAUUUACUGGCAUGGUAUCAUUCCUAGGAGAAAAAGAAAAAAAAAAAAAAAAAAAAAAAAAGGGAGAGAGCAGGAGACACUUGACUGCACAUUUUUUUUUUUUU